UUUGAUCACCAUCCUGCUCCGGGACGGGGAAGAGACAGUAUCUAAAGAGGAAGUGGUAGACUAUUACAGUCUUGCUGGAUGAACUUACUCUUUGUAUUUCAUGUCUGAAAAGUUUUGGUUUUCGUCUUUGGAAGGAGAGAAAGACUUCCCAUUUUACUGUGUCUACAGAGGGUGGGAGGUUUUGAGAAUUUUUUCAUCACAUUUCAAUUUGUGCAAAGUUUUUAAAUGUGUUUAAGACUCAUUACGUAUUUCAGUUUAAUAGGUCUAGGUAAAACUGGAAAUUAGUUUCAGGUUGCCAGUGUCUUUAUUUGCUUAGCUAGUGGACAUAAUCUGAAAAAGUACAUUUCUGUUUAAGUCGAAUUUUCUUGGUGUAAGUUGAGAAAUGUGCUAACAUUUUAAAAAUAUGAUAGCCUAGAUUCUAAUUAUAAGUUUCUUUUAGUCUGUUUCCCGCCAGUGCUGGUGCAUUGUACUAUCCUCGACAAGCAUAGGCAAACUACUUCCCUAUUUCUUAAAGUACUACAUUUGGUGACUUUUAAAAAAUACUUGCAUUUCCCAAUCUCACUGUUGGCUGGGUUCUGAGCCUUUGAACUAUUUAUGCUUAUCUCUGGUUUUGCACUUGAGACAUUCACAUUCUAAUUACUGCUCUUUUCCUAGAUUGUGAAUUCCUUCAGGGAUAUGAUUUAAUCUUUGCCAUGUCUGGCCUACAGGCAGAGUUCAAAUAUGUAUUGUUUACCUAAGUUUAUAAAGUAAUUUAGACAUCUCUCUGCAAUUCUUUGGGUGGAGUUCUGCAUAUGUUUUAAAAACUUGUAGGCAUCCUGAGCACAGCCUUAAAUCCAUGGAAGAAUUUGCAUUAUAUUUGAAGCAAAAUUGAUAUGAACUUAAAAGUAUUUUGCGGUAAGGAAUAUUACACUUUGAGCAUGGAGACACAUACCUGUAAUGGUAACUCUCAGAAGGCUGAGUUAAGAGGACCCAGAGUUCAAAGCCAGUCUCAGUAAUUCAGUAAGUUCAAUGCCAGCUUGGACUAUGUAGAGACCCUGUCUCAAAGGAGAAGGAAAAAAAUACUCUGGGUUACCUUUUAGUCCAAGAAGUUACAUCAGAGGGUAUUUCCUGUUGCUUUGUGAAAGUGCUGACUAAUGAAAAUCUGGAGCUGGUUCCCACUUUGAAUGAGAACUAAUAAUUCCAGCAAUGCUUUCUUUAGUCUUUAUGUUGGAUAAAGAGAACAAGAUGUUUUUUAAACAUUUGGACUUAAAUAGAGUCACUGAUUUAUAAAAUCUUAAUUUAAAAAAAAGGAUCUUUUUGUUGUAAAAAUGAUGUGUACUGAAAAAAUUAAGACAAUACACAAAAAAUGUAUGAGUGAGAAAGGAGUAAGGAAGUCUUAGUAUUCAGUAGCCCAAAUAAUUUAAUGAAAAAUUUCAAAACAUCAUAUGUUUAUAUGGUGUCAACACAUUUUUUGGUUAUAUAUGGGGUCAUGGGUCAUGUAUCUACUUUUUCUUUUUCUUUUUUAUCGGUACCAGGGAUUGAACUCUCGACCACACACCUGCAAGGCAGGCGCUUAUGCCACUGAGCUAAACCCCCAACCCAUGUUUCUAUUUUUUCAAUCAGCAUUGUGCCUUGAACAUCUUCCCAUGUAUGUCUUAUUCUUUAAAUGCCUGCAUAACAUUCUGUUCUGUAUGUUCACCAUGAUUUUUCAAAAUUCCAUUUUAAGAAUAAUAGACACUUAGUUGUGCUCAUUUUUUCUCACCUUAUCACUCCAUUAAUUCUUUCUGUGGACAGUUUUCAUACAUAAAUGAUGUUCUUAUUGAUUAAAAAAUUUAUUUUAAAGAAUAAAACAAAAUAAAGCAGAGCAAAGCAAAUUAGAAAAGAACAAUGCAGGUAACACAAGACUUCAAAACAACAGCAGGAUGUCAGCAGUGGCUACCACACUCUCUUGUUUUCUUUGAAAUAGGUGACCAUACCUUCACACACAACAUCAAACAUAGCAACAUGUAUAAAACCAAUCAAAAGAAGGAAAGUGAAAGGUUCUUGCCUUAGUAGAAAUUAUGGCAGUGGUCUAAGGUGGCAGAAGGCCAAAGCGGGAAGCCCACCACUUCCUGCUUCUUCCUCAGCCUUAAUUGCAAGUCCCCUUCCUGUUUGCACCAGAAGAAAAUUCCAGUUGACAGUGCCCCGCCUAAGCACCAAGAGGUUAUAUGCAUAUCUCAUGCUCCACAUUCUGGCCAGAGAAAGCCAGGCCGCUGGUGGUCAUGGACUUCUCUACACCUCCUUGGAAUAAAGACUAUUUUUACUUUAUAUUUUCUCUUUUAUCACACCAAAAACUUUCAGAAAGCAUUACAGGACUUCAAAACCAGAUAACAGGAAAUGAACAGUGGUUACUGUAAUGUCUCAUUUUCUUCAGAAAAGUUAUCCAUACUAUCACACAUAAUAAAAUAAAACAACAGAAUAGACCCAAUAAAAACAAAAUAAUAAAAGCAUAAUAGGACUUCAAAACAAGAUGAUGGGAAAUCAGCAGUGGCUACGGUACUACCACGUCUCAUUUUCUUCAAGAUAGUUGUUACCAUCACACAUAAUACAAUCAAACAAAACAACACCAAUUUAACUAAUGAAAGCUUUGUAAGACUUAAAAACAACGUAAUAGGAAACCAACCAUGAUUAUCAUAAUACAUCCCAUUAUGUUCAAAAUAGCUGCCCAUACCAUCAGAUACAGUAAAAUCUAACAAAAUAAGACAGAACAAAGUCAAACUUAACGAACUAUGAAAUCAAUACAAGAGUAAAGACAAGACAAUAAGAAAUUAACACUAGUUACCACCUUUCCCUCUCAGAUGUUUCCUCCCCUAUUCUACAGUAAUGAUUUUGCUUUUUGGAUCCCAUUAACUCCUUCAGUUUUUUAUGCUAGGGUUUACCUGUAUGAGUUCAGACUGUUACGCCCAUGAACAUGAUCUCCAGUUGCAUCCAUUUACCUAUAAGAGCCUCAAGAUUAUUCUGCUUUAUAGCUAUGUAGGUUUUCAUUGUAUGAAAAUACCAUAUUUUUCUUACCCAUUCCGCGAGUGGUGGUCAAGUUACCCUUGCUUUGUUUCUGGUCUACUGUCCCAUGGAACAAUUGUUUUUUCUCCUUUGAUUUUCAGUCUAUGAAUUUCCUUUCCAGUUAAAUGUUUUCUUGUGUACAGUAUAUUGAUGGAUCUUGUUCUUGAUCUACUCUCCUCCCUGUGUUUCUUUGUAUUGCUGAAUUGAGGCCAUUUACAUUAAUGGUUACAACCAGCAUACAUUGGUUUGUCUCUGCCAUGCUGUCUUCCUGCUGUUGGCUCUCCAUUCUUCCCUUUUAUUCAGUUGCCUGUCUUGUUUGGUGAUCCUCCUCUUCUGCUGCUGUUCCUGGAAUCAUGGUCAUCUUUCUCUCUCUCUAGAAUAUCCUUUAGCAGGAGAGCUGUAGGGUUGGUUUGGUAGUCAUGAAUUUCUUCAGUUGUUCUUUAUCAUGGGAGUAUCUUAUUUUCCCAUCAGUGUUGAAAGAUUUGUAGGGUACAUCAAUCUGGGUUAGAAACACUUUCAGGAUUUGAAACACUUCAAACUCUUCUUAACUUGAUGAUUUAUAUUGACAAGUCUGCUGUGAUUCUGAUUGGUUUUUCUUUAAAGGUGAUCUGUUCUUUUCUCAAACAGCUCUUAAUAUUCUGUUCUUGGGCUGAAUUUCUGGAAUCUUGUUUAUUGUAUGUCUGGGUGUAGAUUUGCUUUGGUUCUGGCUAGUUGGGAGUUCUGUAUGCCUCACUUAUCUGCAUGCCAGAUCCUUUUCCCAUGUUUGGGAAGUUUCCUGCUAUUACUUCUGUAAAUAGCCUUUUAAUUUCAUUUGUGUUGACCACUGCUUCUUCACUGAUACCUAUCACUCUUAUAUUUAUGCUUCUUAGCAUCAUGUGGCAUCUUUUGAAUUAUUUCCUGAUUUCUUACUGUUUUUAAGAGAUCUUUCCUUUCAUGAUCACUAGCUGCAAUCCUGUCUUCAAGGUUUGAAAGUCUAUCUUUAGUCUCUUUUAAGCGGUUUUGCCUGCUUUCAAUUGACUCUGAUUUCCUGGAUAUCUCCUUGAAUCUGUUUCAUGCAUUGUAGUUCUUUCUAUAUUGCUCAAUUAAGGUUCCCAUCAUUUUCCAAUACUCCUCUUUUUUUUAAUCUAUGUCUUUACAUAUGCUGAACAGUUCUUUCGUUAUGUUUGUGAUUUCUUCUUUUACCUGAGAUGUUAUUUCUGAUUUGAUUGCUUUUACAGUCUCAUGGAAAUUGUUUCUUCAGUUGCUAUCCUCUCAAGAGAUUUUCAGGUGUGUGACUUCUGUUUUCUUCCAUGACUGUAUCUCCCAGACUUUUUCUGUGUGGGCUAGAGAUCUGAGAUUGCCUUUUGCUCCUUCAUCUUGACAUUCUCCUGGGUUCCUCCCAACAAGCUGGUUGUGGGGACCCAGGCACUUCCCAUGUUGGCAGCCCCUCCAUGGUGUAGGGGGAUGGGACAGGCACCUGGGUUCCUUUGACUCCAGAUUUACAGGGAGGUAGGAGAGGAUGGGGUGGGCUUUUCCAGACCUCUGCAGCUACACUGGUGCUUCUUCCCUGAUCACCAGGGAUGCGUGGAGGUGGGGCUGCUUCUCUCAACCUGUGUGUUUACACUAGGACUCCCACGAUGGUGGCAGGCACACAAGGGUGUGUUUGUCUGAUUCUCCCAGUGGGUGAUGGCUGCCCAAAGGAACCAAGGACCUCCAGUGGUGGCCUACAGGUGCACGGGGUUUACCUGGCUCUGUUCCUGCUCCUGCCUGCAGAAAGGAGCCUUCUGGUGGCGGUGGCCAUCAGGUAGAGGCUCCUUGCAGAUUUUUUAGAAGUGGGAUUUCUGGGUUAUAGAGAAUGUUUUUUUUUUUUUAAUUUGCUUUGCUUUAUUUAUUUACUUUUGGUUUUUUUGAGACAAGGUCUGUUCAAACUGGACUUGAGCUCACUUUGUAGACCAGGCUGGUCUUGAGCUUGUAAUGAUUUUCCUGCCUUAGCCUCCUGAGUGCUGGGAUUACAAUCCCAGUGCCACCACACAUGGCCUUGUUGUAGAUUUUUUUUUUUUUUUUGAUACCAGUGUUUGAACUCACGACCUUAUACUUGCCAGAUAGGCGCUUAUGGCACUGAGUUAAACCCCUGGCCCUGCUGUAGAAUGUUUAAGACACAAGAAGACUACUGGAAACGGAGGAUUUUACUGAGCAUGCCUAACUCAGUUGGACUUCGGUCCAGAAGACUGAGAACAAAGGAAAAUUUCUAGGUUUUAUACAUGUGGCGGUGUGUGUGUGUGUGUGUGUCUGUUUAGUGGAGGAUAACAGGCAGAGGCAGUUGUUCAUGUAGUGACAGUUUGUUAACUUUGAACCUUUUGAACAUUGUGAGGAUGAGAAUGCCAUAAACUUGGAUAUUGUGGAUGCCAUGGGAGGUUCCAGGGCUCUUCGUUCAGAACCGUAAUGGUCCUUAUCAGAACAGAGCAGAGGUCAGCCUUGAAGGAAAAUAUCCUGGUGGAAACAGGAUGAUGCCACAGGACUCUGCAGGAGUCUAGUUGUUGUCCUUAUACAUAAGCUUGUAGAGGCAUAUCCCUGUCGGGGAGGGCAGCUGGGCAGAAUUUGCUCAAGCUUGAUUUCCUUCUGUGUUCUGCUUUAGUUCAGGUUGGCCUUGAAUUCACUGUGGGCCCAGGCUGGCCUCAAGUUCAUGGCAGUCUUCCUGCUUUUUAGCACCACAAGUGCUGGGCUUAGGGCUGUGCAUCACCAUGCCUGGCUGAGUGAUGUCCAUUUAAAAAGCCUUACCAAAAGAAAAAAAAAAAUCAAGCUUCCUUUACAAUUCUUGACUAUCAGUGGGGUUCCACAUCCUGUUUAUUUAUUUUGGGAUACUGGGGACUGAACCCAGGGCAUUCACAUUGCUAUAGCCCCACUUCAUUUUUUAUUUUGAGAAAGGGUCUCACUAAAUUACUAAAUUGCCCAGGUUGGGCUCAGACUUGCUGACCUCCUGCCUCAGCCUCCCGGAGUUCUGGGUUACAGCUCAUGGUUGACAGCUCAGAGAAAAGAGACUUUGAGAGAGGAUGGAUGCCAAAGCUCGAAAUUGUUUGCUUCAACAUAGAGAAGCUCUGGAAAAGGACAUCAAAACAUCCUACAUCAUGGAUCACAUGAUUAGUGAUGGAGUUUUAACAAUAUCAGAGGAAGAAAGAGUAAAAAACCAGCCCAGUAACCAUCAGCGAGCAGCUACACUAAUUAAAAUGAUACUUAAUAAAGAUAAUCCUUCCUACAUAUCAUUCUACAAUGCUCUGCUGCGUGAAGGAUAUAAAGAUCUUGCUGCCCUUCUCCACAGUGGCAUGCCUGUGUUUUCGUCCUCCAGUGGUAAAGAUUCAGCCAGUGGAAUAACUUCAUAUGUAACAACAGUGCUGUGCGAAGGUGGAGUUCCACAGAGGCCAGUUGUUUUUGUUACUAGGAAGAAGCUGGUGAACGCAAUUCAGCAGAAGCUCCGGAAACUCAGUGGUGAACCAGGGUGGGUCAGCAUCUAUGGCAUGGCCGGCUGUGGCAAGUCAGUGUUGGCUGCAGAAGCUGUUCGAGAUCAUUCACUCUUAGAGAGUUGUUUCCCAGGAGGCGUACAUUGGGUUUCCGUUGGAAAGCAAGACAAAUCUGGGCUUCUAAUGAAACUGCAGAAUCUUUGCACACGUUUGGAUCAGGAUCAGAGUUUCUCUCAGAGGCUUCCUCUUAAUAUUGAAGAGGCCAAAGACCGACUCCGCAUUCUGAUGCUGCGCAAACACCCGAGGUCUCUGUUGAUUUUGGAUGAUAUUUGGGAUCCUUGGGUGUUAAAAGCUUUUGACAAUCAGUGUCAGAUUCUUCUUACAACCAGAGAUAAAAGUGUUACGGAUUCAGUGAUGGGUCCUAAACAUGUAGUCCCUGUGGAGAGUGGCCUUGGAAAAGAAAAAGGACUUGAAAUUUUAUCCCUUUUUGUUAAUAUGAAGAAAACAGAUUUGCCAGAACAAGCUCACAGUAUUAUAAAAGAAUGCAAAGGUUCUCCUCUUGUAGUAUCUUUAAUUGGUGCACUUUUACGUGAUUUUCCCAACCGCUGGGACUACUACCUCAAGCAACUUCAGAAUAAGCAGUUUAAGAGAAUUAGGAAGUCUUCAUCUUAUGAUUAUGAGGCUCUAGAUGAAGCCAUGUCUAUAAGUGUAGAAAUGCUUAGAGAAGACAUCAAAGACUAUUACACGGAUCUUUCCAUCCUGCAGAAGGAUGUUAAGGUGCCUACAAAGGUGUUAUGUAUUCUCUGGGACAUGGAAACUGAGGAAGUUGAAGACAUACUACAAGAGUUUGUUAAUAAGUCUCUGUUAUUUUGUGAUCGGAAUGGAAAGUCAUUUUAUUAUUAUUUACAUGAUCUUCAAGUAGAUUUUCUUACAGAGAAGAAUCGCAGCCAGCUUCAGGAUCUACAUAAGAAGAUGAUCACUCAGUUUCAGAGAUAUCACCAACUUCAUACUCUGUCCCCAGAUCAGGAGGAUUGCAUGUAUUGGUACAAUUUUCUGGCCUAUCACAUGGCCAGUGCCAAUAUGCACAAAGAGCUUUGUGCUUUAAUGUUUUCCCUGGAUUGGAUUAAAGCAAAAACACAACUUGUAGGCCCUGCUCAUUUGAUUCAUGAAUUUGUGGAAUACAGGCAUAUAUUGGAUGAAAAGGAUGGCGCAGUCUGUGAGAAUUUUCAGGAGUUUUUAUCUUUAAAUGGACACCUUCUUGGACGACAGCCAUUUCCUAAUAUUGUACAACUGGGGCUCUGUGAACCGGAAACUUCAGAAGUUUAUCGUCAAGCAAAGCUGCAGGCCAAGCAGGAGGUGGAUAGCGGAAUGCUCUACCUGGAGUGGAUAAACAAAAAAACCAUCAAGAAUCUCUCUCGAUUGGUUGUCCGCCCCCAUACCGAUGCCGUUUACCAUGCGUGCUUUUCUGAGGAUGGCCAAAGAAUAGCUUCUUGUGGAGCUGAUAAAACUUUACAGGUGUUCAAAGCUGAAACAGGAGAGAAACUUCUAGAAGUCAAGGCUCAUGAGGAUGAAGUACUUUGCUGUGCGUUCUCCACAGAUGACAGAUUUAUAGCAACCUGCUCAGUGGAUAAAAAAGUGAAGAUUUGGAAUUCUGUGACUGGGAAACUUGUACAUAUCUAUGAUGAACACACAGAGCAAGUCAAUUGCUGCUGUUUCACCAACAGCAGUCAAAAUCUUCUCUUAGCCACUGCAUCAAAUGACUGUUUGCUCAAACUGUGGGACUUGAAUCAAAACUAUUGUCGAAAUACCCUGAUUAACCACCUGAACUCAGUUACUCACUGCAGAUUUUCCCCAGAUGAUGAACUUUUGGCUAGUUGCUCAGCUGAUGGAACAUUAAAGCUCUGGGAUGUGAGAUCAGCCAACGAGAGUAAAAGCAUUAAUGUGAAGCAGUUCUUCCUAAAUCCCGAGGAGCCUCACGAGGAUUUGGAGGUAAUAGUGAAGUGCUGCUCGUGGUCUGCUGAUGGUGCUAGAGUAAUGGCGGCAGCAAAGAAUAAAAUCUUUCUUUUUGACAUUCACACCAGUGGCCUAGUGGCAGAAAUUCACACCGGCCACCACAGUACCAUCCAGUACUGCGACUUCUCCCCCCAUAACCAGUUGGCAGUGGUGGCUUUGUCCCAGUUCUGUGUGGAGUUAUGGAACACAGACACAUGUGUGAAGGUUGCAGACUGCAGGGGACAUUUAAGUUGGGUUCAUGGUGUGAUGUUUUCUCCUGAUGGAUCAUCAUUUUUGACGUCUUCGGAUGACCAAACAAUCAGGGUCUGGGAGACAAAGAAGGUGUGUAAAAACUCUGCUGUUGUGUUAAAGCAAGAAAUAGAUGUGGUGUUUCAAGACAAUGAAGUGACGGUCCUUGCAGUUGACAAUAUGAGACGUCUGCAACUCAUUAAGGGAAAAACAGGUCAGACUGAUUACCUGACGGAAGCUCAAGUUAGCUGCUGUUGCUUAAGUCCACGUCUUCAGUACGUUGCAGUUGGAGAUGAAGAUGGAGCCAUCGAGAUUUUAGAACUCCUCAACAACAAAGUGUUCCAGUCCAGGAUUGGGCAUGGGAAAGCAGUGCGGCACAUGCAGUUCACAGCUGACGGGAAGACUCUUAUUUCAAGUUCUGAUGAUUCUGUGAUUCAGGUGUGGAGCUGGCAGUCAGAGGAGUGUGUGCUUCUCCAAGCCCAUCAGGAAACAGUGACAGACUUUAGGCUCCUAGAGAAUUCAACAUUGCUUUCUUGGUCAUUUGAUGGCACAGUAAAGGUGUGGGAUAUUGUUACUGGAAGAAUAGAAAAAGACUUUGUCUGUCACCAGGCUACAGUGCUUUCUUGUGAUAUUUCUUCUGAUGCUACCAAGUUUUCGUCGACCUCUGCUGAUAAGACUGCAAAGAUUUGGAGUUUCGAGCUCGCGUCCCCCCUUCAUGAAUUGAGGGGCCACAGUGGCUGCGUGCGCUGCUCCACCUUCUCCGAGGAUGGGUCGCUGCUGGCCACUGGAGAUGACAACGGAGAAGUCCGGAUAUGGAGCGCCUCAAAGGGGGAGCUACUUCACUUGUGUGCUCCGAGUUCAGUAGAGGACGGAGCUGCUACCCACGGAGGCUGGGUGACUGACCUCCGCUUCUCCCCGGACAGCUCCGCGCUCGUCUCUGCUGGAGGGCAUCUUAAGUGGUGGGAUGUCACUACCGGCGAGUCUGCCCAGACCUUCUACACGAAUGGAACCAACCUUAAGAAAAUACACGUGUCCCCCGACUUCAAAACCUACGUGACUGUCGACAAUCUCGGUAUUUUAUAUAUUUUACAGAUUUUAGAGUGAAGCGGUUAAGCAUGACUGUACAUUUUAAAGUUGGAAAAAAAUUCUGAUGAAAUUCUUAGCAACUUUUUGUAAAGCUGUGAAUUGUUUUGCAAUGUUGUAUGCAUUACAAAAGCGUUUGUGAUGGAUGAAUGACAAUAAUGUAGCUUUUCCCCAAAUGAACGCCUUUAAUCUUAUUUUUCAUAACCAUCAUUCUUAAUGAUUUGUCCUUAAGAUGCAGAUGAAAAUGUAAAUACGCGUCUUGUUAUACUGUUGUAAGAUGCUCUCGGUGUGUUCAGCUGCUGGGCAUAAUUAACGAGGCUGAUGUGACUGCAGCAGUCAGCACACAGGCUGUGCUCUGCGCGGCCUCCAAGUACAGCCCUGAGCUCGUCUGCACUCUGCUUUAACACUGUUGUGUCGCGUGCAGUCUGCAGCGUUUCCUUCACUAAGGGAACAAGCGAGUGCCUGUGAGGUUCCAUGGUCUGCCCUUUCUCGGCGCCACUGGGGUUAGGCCACUGAGGCCUUCCCUGGCCUCAGUAUUUGGGCACCAGCCCUGCUCUGCCUUUUUACUUCUUACUUGUGUCAUAAUUCUCGCUUUUUUUUUUAAAAGCAGUUGCUGCUUGGUUAAAUGUUAACAAAUCAACAAUUGGAUACUUUUCUAAGAAAUGUGAAAUAGUCAUGAGUUUCUUCUAAUUCCAUUUACUUUUAAGUAGAUGGUAUCGUCAGUGCGGUUCUCUCAGUGAAUUAGUGAAUAUAAGAGAAUCAUCUGCGAUUUUCUAUGCAGCCCCAAAAGAGUCAUUGUUGAGACUCCUGGAAGACGUCGGUUUUCACCUUCCAGCCGCCUGUCUUCCGCCUUCUCCUCUCACUGUCUACCCUGAACCACUGUCUUCUUGAGACAGGGCCUCCCUAUGCAGUGCAGGCGGGCCUUGAGCUCACUUUGAGCCCAGGCUGGUCUCAAAUUUGCAAGGAUCCUCUAGCCUCAGCCUCCCGAGUGAGUGCGGGGAUUACAGGCGUGAGCCAGCACGCCCGGCUGUCCUAAUUCACUCCCGCCUCCCCCACCAGGGGAGAGAGCUCUCUGCGCAGCCAGGUUCUCGCUGUGUCGCCCAGCCUGGCCGUGACCUCCUGGGCCUGUGUGGUUCUCCUGCCCCCUCAGCCUCUGAGUAGCUGGGAAUGAUAGCUUCCCAUGUGGCCAGAGCUGUUUUCUUAUCUUCUGAGUAGGAAGCUUAAAUCUAAACAUUUUCUCUGAAAUAACAUUAUAAGGACAAUGGAGAUAAUAGAUGUGGCAUAAUAUAGUUUAAAAAAUCAAAUUUUAAAGAUUUUUGUUCCUGCAACAGGAACUAGUAAAUCCAAUGAAUAUUAGCACUAAUAGUGGACGCCCAUUGUCCCCAUUUCUCUUGUCGGUGUGGGUCAGAGCAGGCAGUGUUGGUAGGGAAGAGCCCCUCGGCAAGUUUUCAGCUGAGUCUUCCCAGGACGCAUCGCCCAGAACUGUGACUGCAGUGAGGAAAGUCGAUCCCAUUGUCAAGGUAUCUUGCUUGUUUGUGAUAUGUUAAAGGACUGGUUUACAAGCCUAUGUGAUUUAAACAAAUGUAGUAAGUGGAACCUUAAUUUUAUAAAAUAAAUUUUAUGUUUUCCCUAGAAUAUUCAAAUUACAACUUGAUUUUCAUAUAUUUUGGAUUGUGUUGCCUAGAAUAUAAAAUAGUUUUAGAAUUAAAAGCCACAUGACUGUUGAAUAUAACGACAAACGUUAGCUUUUAUAAAGUCUCGAUUAGUCUUUGUCUUAAACAGAAUUAAAAGGAGAAAUGGGAAGAAAGGUGAGGCAGAUGAGGGAGGGCGGCCUUCACGCAGCCACGGAGCUGUCAGGAGGGUUUUGUUUGCAGGUAGCAAAUGAGCAUUAUUAAGCGUUUUCCCUGGUUUUUUACAUUGGACUUUGUAUGUGUCAACAUGCUUUUACAUUGUGUCUUGUAUGUGUUGAAAACUGUUUUGUACUUGUCACUUUCAUGAUUUUUUUUGCCUAGAAAUACAUUUUACAAUGUGAAUUUUAAAAAGUUUAUAAAAAUAAAAUUCCUGAAAGUUUUUGAGAAACA